AUGAACAUCGACAAGCCCCUCGACGACAUGAUCGCCGAGAAGAAGAAGUCGCGCGGUCCUCGCCGUCCCCGUGGUCCGCGCAACGCCGGUGCUGGUGGUGCUGCCCCCGCUGCUGCUCCUAAGGCUGCUGCUCCCGCCGCUGCUGCUGCGGCCGCACCCGUCCACGUCGGCGACAAGAUCAUCGUCUCGAACCUCCCGACCGACGUCAACGAGCAGCAAGUCAAGGAGCUCUUCACGACCACCAUCGGGCCCAUCCGCACUUGCUCGCUCGCCUACAACGCCCAAGGUCUCUCAAAGGGCACCGCGACCGUGCACUUUGUCAAGGCCGAGCACGCGACGGCCGCUUACCAGCAGUACAACAAGCGCUUGAUUGACGGAAAGCGCGCCAUGCGCGUCGAGAUCGUCGUCGACCCCGCCCGCGCAGCAGCCAAGCAGCCCCUCACCGCUCGUAUCGCCGCCGCCGCGCCUCAGGCGCCUGCGAACAGUCGCGCGGCGCAGUCUGCCACCGUCGCCGCCGCCGGUGGCUCCGCCGUCCAAACCCGCCAGCCGCGCCAGCCCGGCUCAGGAGGUCGCCGCGGAGGCCGUCGCGGUGGGGGACGCGGAGGCGCGCGCGGAUCCGAGAGGCCCAAGGUUACGGCUGAGAGCCUCGAUGCGGAGAUGAGUGAUUAUCAGGCGCAGGGGGCGGGGGCGAAUGGGGCGGCUGAGGCGAGCGCUUGA